AUGGGACCCAGGGCAAGUAAGGCUAGCAACCUGCUUCCCUGGUACUUUAAAUAUGAUGCUGGCAACAAUCAGAGCAAAAUGCCUUGGACCUUUGGAGGUGACGGAGUCCCACCUCUAACUGACAAACCAGGGACUCCUAAGAAACAACUUGGCAAACAAAUGGUAAUGAGAUGGGGAGCUAUUAAUAUCAAUGGGGGCUACUCUGGGAAGAAGGUAGAGCUGGCAGAGGCUGCAAGUAAGAUGGGGCUGGACAUUUUAGCUGCUAGUGAUAUUCGGGUAAGGGGUGAGAAAGAAGAGGAAGUGGGAGAAUACAAGGUCUACCUGUCAGGAGUCAAAGCAGGAAUAGCACAAUGGGGUGUAGGGCUUUACAUCAGGAAAGAAAUGGAACCCAACGUAGUUGCAAUAAGGUAUGUAAAUGAACGACUGAUGUGGAUAGAUUUGAAAGUGUCUAGCAAGAAAAUUAGGAUUGUGUCAGUAUAUUCACAUUGUGAAGGGACAGAUCAAGAUAAGAUGGAUAGUUUUUAUGAGGCACUCAGUGAUGUAGUUGUUACAGUAAAGGACAAGGACAGUGUUCUGCUCAUGGGUGAUUUUAACGCCAGGAUUGGAAAUCGAACUGAAGGGUAUGAAAAGGUUAUGGGUAAAUUUGGAGAGGAUAUGGAGGCCAACAGGAACAGGAAACAACUCUUGGAUUUCUGUGCCAGUAUGGGCUUAGUAAUCACAAACUCCUUUUUUAAACAAAAGAACAUUUACCGGUAUACUUGGGAAGGCAGGGGAACCAGAUCUGUCAUUGACUAUUUAAUAACAGAUCAGGAAUUCAGGAAGGCUGUGAGGGACAGACGUGUAUUCAGGGGAUCGUUAUUUAAUCUGCAGUGA